AUGUCAGAAACUUCUCCUACUGCUCAGAAGCCAUUGAGAAUUGGCACACGAAGGUCAAACCUGGCCGUCGUGCAAGCUGAAGGCAUCCGCGAUAGCCUGCAAAAAGUGGCGCCUGGCCAUGUCUUCGAAAUUGAGUCACUCCACACUCUUGGUGACAAGGACAAGUCAACAGAGCUCUAUAAGUUUGGCGCAAAGGGCUUGUGGACGGUGGAACUAGAGGAAAAGCUUACUUCUGGCCAAUUAGAUGUGGUCGUUCACUGUCUGAAAGACAUGCCGACUAGGCUUCCUGAGACAUGUGAUCUUGCAGCUAUUCCUCUGCGUGAUGACCCUCGUGACGCUCUUAUUGUCAAAGCUGGUCUGCCGUAUACUAGUCUAAAGACACUGCCCGAAGGUGCCGUGGUUGGCACUUCAUCUGUGCGGCGAUCGGCCCAGCUGCGCCGUCUCUACCCUCACCUCCAGUUUGCCAACUUGCGCGGUAACGUUGAAACACGUAUAGCCAAAGUGGACAAUCCCGAAAGUGAGUAUACGUGCAUGAUCAUGUCUGCGUGCGGCCUCGAGCGAGUUGGCCUCCAGCACCGCAUCAACCAGUACAUUGGUUCAAAGGACGGAGGCAUUUUGCACGCAGUCGGCCAGGGAGCGCUUGGUCUGGAGAUUCGCAAGGGAGACGAGCAGGUGUUGGAGUUGCUCAACAAACUAGCCGACCAGAAAUCGACUCUUGCUUGUCUCGCUGAGAGAUCGCUGUUGUACACCCUUGAAGGAGGCUGUACGGUACCUAUUGGCGUUGAGACGGAAUGGAUUGAUGAAGCGCAGGGUAUUCUGCAGAUGAGAGGAAUAGUUGUCAGCCUUGAUGGUACUCAGAGCGCUCAAGACUCUGUGGAUGCAACGGUGAAGACGAAUGACGAGGCCAAGGCACUUGGCGAAGAGUUGGCCGCGAGACUUGUGAAAGCGGGUGCAGAUGUAAUUCUGAGAGAAAUUAACGCCAACCGGCCAGCGAAGGAAUAA